UGUGCUACUGGAAUGAUGGAUGUGAAUAUGGAGAUGAGGGAGUUCGCCUUGGAAACCAAUGGUGAUGCUCAGAAGAGGCUUCUGGACACCCAGGCCCAAGUGGACGAAGUGGUCGGGAUAAUGAGGGUGAAUGUGGAGAAGGUCCUGGAACGCGAUCAGACACUAUCAGAACUAUCGGAACGAGCUGACCAACUGAAACUGAACGCCUCCCAAUUCGUUCGACAGGCUGGCAGGUUGAAGCGCAAACACUGGUGGGCCAAUGCGAAGAUGAUGAUCAUUCUGGGCCUAAUCGCCGUAAUACUGGUCACAAUCUUACUGGUUUACAUUUGGCCAACUGGCAGUGAUGAGGGAUCUAAGGCUUACACCGCAGAACCACCAAAAUGAUUGAUGUGAAAGGUCUAAAGGAACCAAUCUAUUAAAUAUAUUAAAUAAAUUAGCAUCAAUUUGGUGUUAACAAAUCA